AUGACAUACCAACCUAGUCCUACGGCAUCCUCGAAGCAGUUGAAGGACAUCAGCGCCGAGCUCGGAAAGCUUCGGGCUGCCGAAGUCGACCAACCUAAAUUGCCGCGCGUGCCGUCUUCAAGAGACUCAAUGUAUUACUACGCCAGGGAUUUCCAUUCGCAGACUUCGAAAAUGGACCGCUCAAGCGAUGGCCUGGAGAUCAUCGAUUAA